CACCCGGACACUCCGAUCGUCCAUCGGCCAUCAUCAUUCAUGAUUCAUCGUUGUUGGCACGUCUUUGCGACUUGUUAGACGUAAUAACUGAACGAAUAUUUAGUUAUAACGCAAUACUUACUUUUGUAUUUUCUCGUUUCCCACUUAUUCCUAUUUCUAUCGCGUAGUUUCGUUCGAGUUCCAGACCUGGAUCGUUGUGUGCUCGUGUGCGCGUGCGUACGUACAUCUGUUCUGGUGACGGUUGUAUACCAAUAUUGUGUGUUAAUUAUUACAUUCUACCAUUCUCGUCUAUGACCGUGUGCGACUGACUGCGUUAAAGCGUGUACAGAAUAAUAUGCGCUGUGCGUCGUGGGACGUUCGGUGGUUGUAGCUCGACGAUUUUGGUCGAAUUUUGGACGCUAUUGUGACAGUUGAUUGUACGAUUGUUCAUAAAAGAUGGCUGAUGUUGAUCCAGAAACUCUUCUGGAGUGGCUUAACAUGGGCCAAGGUGAUGAAAGAGAUAUGCAACUCAUAGCACUAGAACAGUUAUGUAUGUURCUAUUGAUGUCUGAUAAUGUUGACAGAUGUUUUGAAGUAUGUCCACCUCGCUCUUUUUUGCCAGCACUUUGUCGAAUAUUUCUUGAUGAAAGUGCUCCCGAUAGUGUGCUUGAAGUAACUGCUAGAGCAAUCACUUAUUAUUUAGAUGUAUCUGCUGAAUGUACUAGACGUAUUGUGGCAAUUGAUGGUGCAUUAAAAGCAAUUUGCAAUCGAUUAGUAAUUACCGAUAUAUUUUCAAGAACAAAUAAAGAUUUAGCUGAACAGUGUUGCAAAGUAUUGGAACUAAUAUGCACUCGUGAAGCAGGUGCUGUUUUUGAAGCUGGUGGCCUAAGUUCUGUAUUAUUGUUCAUUAGUGAUGUCGGAUCUUGUGUGCACAAAGAUACUCUACAUUCUGCUAUGACUGUAGUUUCUAGAUUAUGUACUAAAAUGGAACCUAAUGAAGCAUCAUUACCAACUUGUGUUGAGUCUUUGUCUACAAUGCUUAAACAUGACGACUCUCAUGUUUCUGAUGGAGCUUUGAGAUGCUUUGCUUCAUUAUCUGAUAGAUUUACACGUCGUGGAAUUGACCCAGCUCCUUUAGCACAACAUGGACUUUUAAAUGAAUUGAUACUUCGAUUAUCCUCAGCUGCAGGACCUACAGUAACAAAUAUAGGAACACCUGGUCUAAAUGCAAACAAUUCAACUACCGAGGUUAAAUCUUCUCAAUCCAUAUCUACGGUUAUAAGCUUGUUAACUACUCUUUGUCGUGGAUCUAAAUCAGUUUCGCAUGAUUUAUUUAGAUCUAACUUAGCUGAUGCAAUUGAAAAAGCUCUUAAAGGCGAUGAAAGAUGUUGUUUGGAUACAAUGCGUUUAGUUGAUUUAUUACUAGUCUUACUUCUUGAAGGACGUGAUGCAGUAUCAUGGAGUACAGUAGCAUGUACAAGUAAUAAUCCUUUAUUACCAAAACUUCGACGUUUAGAUUCUAGUGCAGAAAAAUCUCAGCGUCAUUUAAUUGAUUGUAUCAGAAGUAAAGACACGGAAGCAUUGAUGGAGGCUGUAAAUUCUGGUGCAAUUGACGUAAAUUUUGUGGAUGAAGUUGGUCAGACUUUACUUAACUGGGCUUCUGCAUUUGGUACUCAAGAGAUGGUUGAAUAUUUGUGUUCUAAAGGAGCUGAUGUCAAUAAAGGUCUCAGGUCAUCAUCAUUGCAUUAUGCCGCUUGUUUUGGAAGGCCAUCCAUAGCUAAAAUUCUUCUAAAAAAUGGUGCUAAUCCAGAACUUCGCGAUGAAGAGGGGAAAACACCAUUGGAUAAGGCACGAGAAAGAAUGGAUGAAGGACAUCGUGAAGUUGCUACCAUAUUGGAAUCUCCUGAAUGGUUGAUGUCUUCCAAAAAUGAAAUUGUUCUGUCAAAUGAAUCUAAAGAACCAAAAGGUGAUCCYGAAAUGGCUGCGAUUUAUCUUAAACGCUUAAUGCCAGUUUUUUGUCACACUUUCCAAUCAACUAUGCUUCCGUCAAUUAGGAGAACUUCUCUUUCUUUAAUUAAAAAAAUGGUUCACUACAUUAAACCAGAUUGGCUUGAGGAUAUAUGUAGACCUGAUUGUCCAAAUAAUCUUGCUCCUUUGUUGGUUGAAGUACUUGCUACUGUUCUUGAUAAUGAGGAGGAUGAUGAUGGACAUGUCAUUGCUUUACAAACCAUUUAUGAUCUUUUGAAUAAGUGUCAAGAUACAUUUCUUGACCAUUUUGCACGUCUAGGAGUAUUUUGUAAAGUACAACAACUUAUUGGACCUGAUAAUAAUCCAGAAAAAGAUAAUGCCCUGCAAAUUGAUUCAAAAAAUUUUCCUAUUGAGGAUGCUAAAGAAAUAUUGCCAGGUCAUGCAUAUCAUUGGAAAGAUUGGUUUUUCUGUCGUGGUCGAGAUUGCCUUUAUGCAUGGAAUGACUAUGUUGUAUUGGAGUUGUCAAAUGGCAGUAAUGGUUGGUUUAGAUUUAUGAUUAACGAUAAAUUGUCUACAAUGUAUUCCAGCGGCAGCCCUGAAGGACAACUUGAUACAAAAAACAAAACUGAAUUCAUUGAAAAAUAUUUAAAAGCCAAAGUGUUUGUUAAACUUAACACAGUAAGUCAACCAAUUUUAAGUUCUCCUGGUUUAAAUAGAAUAGCAGUUGGUAACUGGAUUCUUAUUUCAAAAAAAGAUUGUGAACUAAGCAUACAAAACUCUGAUGGUUUGCAGCAAAUUACAACACUAAUAUAUGGAACCAAUGGAUUUUCUUUUCAAUCUAAUCGUGGCAAUCAACACAUGUUUACUGCUUUGAUACCACUUAAAAGUGAUUUUACCUCUGGUUGGGAAACAGUUAAAAAAGCAAAUAUAGUAGCCGCAACAGCCGAAAGUGUUGGACAAAAGAUUCGUAAACAAGCACAAGAAAUAUUUGAUACAUUUUUCAAAGCAGCCCAGGCUCAGCCAAGAGGUGUAGUUGCAAGAUUAAGUAAAAUUGUUAAAGCCAUUGAAUUAGCUAUUCAUAAUCAAUCUUCUGUGAUCAAAGACAUCUCCAAUAAAGAAUUUUGGGCAUCAGCUCUUUGCAAGGCAGUUAUAGACUUGAAAAAAUUAUUAAUGGAAGAUGAAGGCAGUGUUUCAGCAUAUGAAAUAUAUAGCAGUGGUUUAGUUGAAGUUUUAUUGAAACUUUUAACAGUCAAUAAUCAUGAACAAGGUGAUGAAGCUAUAGAAUUACARAAACUUAGGAUCGACAUUUUUGUUAAAUGUUUUAAGGAAAAUAAAAAUGAAAAAGGAUUAGAGACUUGUGCUUCUGUGUUAGUGCAAAAACUGAUAUCUGUUUUAGAAUCUAUUGAAAGAUUACCUGUGUACUUGUAUGAAUCACCUGGUGCUUUUCAUGGAUUACAAAUAUUGUCAAGACGUAUUAAAUUUCGUUUAGAAAAAGCUGUAAAAGAAACCACUCUUGUUGAUCGAACAGGUAGAGGCUUAAGAAUGGAGCCACUAACAACUGUGCAUCAACUUGAAAAACAUUUAUUAAAAAUGGUUGCAAAACAGUGGUAUGAUCAUGAACGCAUCACAUUUAAUUAUGUAAAGAAACUCAAAGAUAAAAAUAAUAUACCAAUGAAGUUCAAACAUUAUUAUGAUUUUGAUAAAAAUGGUGUCUUAUAUUGGAUUGGAACAAACGGAAAAACUACGGUAGAUUGGGUUAACCCUGGUCAAUAUGGAUUAAUGCUAGUUCAGUCUUCGGAUGGUCGUAAUUUACCAUAUGGUCAAGUAGAAGAUAUUCUAAGUAGAGAUUCUGUUGCGAUUAACUGUCACACUAAUGAUGAUAGCAAGGCAUGGUUUUCUAUUGACUUAGGAUUAUUUAUAAUUCCAACUGACUAUACUCUUAGGCAUGCUAGAGGUUAUGGCCGUUCUGCUCUACGAAAUUGGUUAUUCCAAAUGUCUAAAGAUGGUACUAAUUGGACUACAUUAUCCACGCAUGCUGAUGAUACAACAUUGAAUGAACCAGGAAAUACUGCUACUUGGUCCAUAGAAAUAAAUGAUAAAGAAGAGACUCAGGGUUGGCGGCAUGUUAGAAUACAACAGAAUGGUAAAAAUGCAUCAGGUCAAACACAUUAUCUCUCAUUAUCUGGUUUUGAGAUCUAUGGAAGUGUUACUGGUAUAUGUGAAGAUUUGGGUAAAGCAGCUAAAGAAGCAGAAGCUAGUCUAAAACGCCAAAGGCGUUUGUUCAAGGCUCAAAUGUAUAAACAAAUGGUGACUGGUGCUCGAGUUAUGCGUGGUAUUGAUUGGAAAUGGAGAGAUCAAGAUGGAAAUCCACCUUGUGUUGGAACUGUCACUGGAGAUGUACAUAAUGGUUGGAUAGAUGUUGUGUGGGAUCAUGGAGUUACAAACUCAUACMGAAUGGGUGCUGAAGGAAAGUAUGAUCUACGGCUAGUCAAUGAGCCCCAAACUACAUCUGCCUCUUCAAAGAUGUUCAAAAACAUUCCAAAUACAACCUUAUCUAGUAUCAUGACAAGAAUGUCAAGUUCCACUCCUAUUUUACCAGAAGCAUCUAAUGAUAAUAACUCUGUUGCUUCUGUAACUAGUACAGAUCAAAUAUCUUCUGCAGAGAAUUUGGCAGUAAAGCAAGCUGCUCAACAAUUCACUGAUAGCAUAAUGUCAGUUAUGAGAAUGGAACCCUCUGCAGUUACCCCAGUAACUUCAAAUUCAUUAGAUAAUUCACUUCGAAUAGUAGUCCAUCCAACUCCUUCUGUUGAUCUCGCCACAAUUGUUGAAUCUACGUCAAAUGAUGAAACUCAACAAAAUAUUGAAAAUAAUAAGAAAAACAGUACCUGCUAUGAAGAAGAAUUUUUACCUGCUUUGGGAAGAGUGAAACCAACAUACAGGCGUAGUUCUGUUACCAGUCUAGUGCACACAUUGCAAUCCAUUCAAAUUGAUACACCUCCUAACAAUAAAGCAAAUUCAAAAGAUAAGCCAAUAAUAAUUAUGCAUCAUAAUUCAUCAGAUGCUUCCAAUACCCAGACACAAGAUCUAUCUACUGAUACUUUAAUAAACAAUGCAAAUAAUUCAGCUUUUAAUACAGAAAUAUGUAUUCCUAACAAUUUAGAUUUAGAAAAAGAAAAUAAAAAAGAAGAGAACCGAAAUAAUUCUUCAAAUCACAUGAGUGUUAGUGUGCCAAAUUUAGCAUCUAAUGCACCACCUAGAUCACAAGGAGAUAUUCCAUUACAAAAACCUUUAGCUGAAACAUAUGCUCCAUAUCAAAAGUACAGGAAUUUUGAUCGAAACAAUAGUCAUAAUAAUCAAUCUCAAGUCACUAACCAUAAUAUGCCUCAACGUGUACCAACUUCAGUAUCUAGUCUUGUUCGUUUGGCUCUAUCUACUAAUUUUCCAAUUUCAGCACAUGUUAAAGAUGAUGGAGAAUUGAUGAACAGUGAAAUAUUUAAUAGCAAAAAAAUGACUAACAAACUUGUUCAACAAAUUCAAGAUCCUCUGGUAUUAAGUUCAGGUGCACUUCCAUCUUGGUGUGAACAUUUAAAUCUUUCUUAUUCAUUUUUGUUUCCAUUUGAAACAAGACAUUUGUAUUUUAAUUGCACUGCAUUUGGGCCAUCUAGAUCAAUUGUAUGGUUGCAAUCUCAACGAGAGAAUGUGGAACGACAUCGCACUGGUUCAAGUCUACCUCUUAGACGAGAAGAAGAGUACAGAGUUGGUCGUUUAAAACAUGAUCGUGUUCGUAUACCGCGUGGUGAAAACAUACUUGCUUGGGGUAGACAACUUAUGCGUGCUCAUAUUGAUCGUCAAACUGUAUUGGAGGUUGAGUUCAUGGGUGAAGAAGGUACUGGAUUAGGUCCUACAUUAGAAUUUUAUUCAUUAAUCGCUGCCGAGUUUCAGCGAAAAGAUCUCUGCAUGUGGAUGUGUAAUGAUGAAAUGCCUGAAGAGACCCGUCAAUGUAUUUGGCUUGAAGGAGGAUCCAAGCCACCUGGCUAUUAUGUUAGACGGCCUGGUGGACUUUACCCAGCACCAUUACCUCAAGAUUCACCUUGUUGUGAUAGAGUUGUAAAACAUUUUUGGUUCCUUGGCAUGUUCCUAGCAAAAGUUCUUCAAGAUAAUCGCUUAAUAGAUCUUCCAUUAUCAUUGCCAUUCCUAAAACUUUUAACUAAAGCAAAGAAUAAUGAAUCCGGUAGAGUUCUGAAUGAUUCAGACUUGUUUGACAUUGACGAAGAUCAAGCAAUGUUUAUAAAAGAUUUGAAAGUAUUAAUUUYGACAAAAGAAAAAAUUUUACUUGAUCAAUCAUUGAGCGAUGAAGAUAAAAACGAACAAAUUAAAAACUUGCAAUUUCAGUGUGGUGAAACCGGCAAAGUGCACUUAGAAAAUCUAAGUUUGAGCAUGAUUUACUUACCAUCAUCUUACUGCUUUCCAUUUACCUAUAUUAAUUUAGUUGAUGAGGGUCUUAGUCAUGAUGUUAACAUGGAUAAUGUAGAGCAGUAUGUUAGUUUAUUGACUGAUUUUAUAUUGGAAACAGGCAUCAAGAGACAAAUGGAUGCACUUAAAGCAGGUUUUUGUCGUGUAUUCUCAAAUGAAAAGUUAAAUGCAUUUACUCCGCUUGAAGUUAGACGAAUGUUAUGUGGCCAACAAGAACCAGAAUGGACUCGAGAAGAUUUAUUAAAUUACACAGAGCCCAAAUUAGGAUAUAAUAAAGAAAGUCCUGGAUUCUUACGUUUGGUGAAUGUUUUGGAACAAAUGAAUUCUGAAGAACGUAAAUCAUUCUUACAAUUUACUACGGGUUGUUCAUCAUUACCACCAGGAGGUCUCGCCAAUUUAUAUCCAAGGCUAACUGUGGUACGUAAAGUUGAUGCUGGUGCAGGUAGCUUCCCAUCAGUGAACACUUGCGUCCAUUACUUGAAACUACCAGAGUAUCCUGAUGAACUUACAUUGAGAGAACGCUUAUUGGCUGCAACUCUUGAAAAAGGGUUCCACCUCAACUAAUAACACUAUUAUUGAUAAAAAUGUAAUUAUCAUUAACUAAAUAAUUAUAUAAAUUUCUCGCAUAAUAGUAUCUUUAAAAUUAUAUUUCUUGUUGUGCACCUUUUUUUAUAUACAUAAUUUUAAAUUUCUGUGGCUACAAACAAAUAGUGUUAAAGUCUUAGGAGUUCACUCAUCU